AUGAGGUGGCAUAAUCUGGAAGAUGUUAUAGGGGACGGGAUCCACAGUACUGUCAGACACAGCAGCACAACGGUAUCUGGGUACAAAGGACACCUUCCAUUCUUCGUCACAUAUGAACUAGUUAUGAAUUCUGGAGGUGUGGAGCGGACCAGCCCAGGGCGCCUGUCCUUCGGAGACGGGGAGGUGCUGGGCCUCACCCCUUCUGGAGGCUCCCCUGGGAGCCUCAAGGUCCCUGGGGCCCUGGCAGCCUCCUCAGGAGGCCUAGGAAGGAUCGCCAGGCUUCUGGUGAAGGAUGCAACACGGUCUGGAGAGGAUGCAUACCGCAGAAGGACCCACUCGCUGGAGAGCAAGAACGGCGCUGCGCCACUCAGACGGGCAGCCAGCAUCGACUCCAUUGUAGACACCAAUGCAAUCAACACUGCUAGCAACAAUGGCAUCAACAGCAAGUCUUCAGUCCUAAGCAUGACCAAAUCCAAUGGACAUCUCAGAGCCUACCUGCCCGUCUCUCCGGCCCUGUACAAGAGGUCUAGCUUCAAGUUUGACAGAGUUGCCUCUUCUGAGUUGUACAAUGACCUUACAGAGUUGUACAAUGACCUUACAGAGUUGUACAAUGACCUUACAGAUAUGAAAGCCUUACAAGAGUACAAAACGACAGAGAUGACAAGACCUUAUAGAGAUGACAAAGACCUUACAAAGAUGACAAUACCUUACAAAGUGUACAAUGACCUUUUCAAAGAGUACAAUGACCUUUCAAAAAUUUACAAUGACCUUAAAAAAGAACAAAGACCUUUCAGAGAUGCACAAUGA